UGUCGGGCCACUCCCCUGUCAGGCCUUCAUGGGAGCGCGCCUCCGUGUCGACCGCGCGCAGACACGCUUUACUCUCAACAGGCACGAAAUUCCACAGAGGAAGUCCGAGAUUGUGUGAGGGGCGAGAAAUCAGGAAGCAAUCCCGGCGAGUUGCCUCAACGUGGAUGAGAAAAGCCUGAACGGAAAGAGCGGACGUCAGGAGUAUGGACUAGCGUCGCCCCGGGACAGUCCGCAGAUGGAGGCGGUGAGAAGUUUGCUCUUGCUCGGGGCCGUGCUGCUCCGAGGGUCGGGCUCGCUGGCCAGGGAAGUGUGCCUUGGCACGGACAUGAAGCUGGCCCUGCCCUCUAGCUUGGAAAACCACUACGAGACCUUGAGGCUUCUUUACACCGGCUGCCAGGUCGUCCACGGCAACCUGGAGAUCACGCACCUUCACGGAAACCCGGACCUCUCCUUCCUACAGGGGAUUGUGGAGGUGCAAGGCUAUGUGCUCGUGGCUCACGUCUCAGUGAGUUUAGUGCCUCUGGACAACCUCCGGAUUAUCCGAGGCAGCCAGCUGUACAAUUCCAGCUAUGCCCUGGUGGUGCAGGACAACACUCGGGAUGCCCGGGGCGGACUCCGGACGCUUCGUCUUCGGAGCCUAACAGAGAUCCUUUUGGGCGGGGUCUAUAUUUGGGGAAACCCGCAGCUUUGCUUCCCGGAUCCCCAGAACAUCGUGUGGAGGGACACCUUGGAUGAGCAGAACGUCCACGCCGGGCCACACCGACUGCAGCCCCGAGCGUCCGACUGUCCCAGUUGCUCAGCGGCGUGCCGGAACAGCUGUUGGGGAGAAACUGCGCAGGAUUGCCAAACCCUGACGCGCAUCAGCUGCGCGUCAGGCUGCCAGCGCUGCAAAGGCCCUCUGCCCAACGACUGCUGUCACAUGCAGUGCGCCGCCGGAUGCACGGGACCCAAAGACUCCGACUGUCUGGCGUGCCGCCACUUCAACGACAGCGGCGUGUGUAAGGACAACUGCCCGCCGCCCACCAUCUACGACCCGGUCACCUUUCAGACCAAGCCCAACCCGGACAAAAAGUUCAACUUUGGGGCCACCUGCGUCAAGACGUGUCCAUAUAAUUAUCUGGCUAUGGAUGUCGCCUGCACGCUAAUUUGCCCCAAAGCCAACCAGGAGGUCAUCAUCUCCAAUCCCGACGGCGACGAGACGCAAAAAUGUGAAAAGUGUGAAGGGGAUUGUCCGAAAGUGUGUUAUGGCCUGGGGAUGGACAACCUUGGCGUCAUGGACAACCACGCCGUCGCCAUGGUAACCUCCUCUAACGUGGAACAAUUCAGUGCUUGUAAGAAGAUUUUUGGGAGUCUGGCCUUUCUCCCUCAGAGCUUCAUUGUGGACCCCGCGACCAACACAUCUGGCCUGACUCUCGAGCAACUGAGGGCCUUCAAGAACCUGGAGGAGAUUACGGGUUAUUUGUACAUCGAUGCCUGGCCAGAAGACUGGAGCGACCUGUCGGUGUUUGAGAACCUGCAGGUGAUCCGAGGCAGGAUGCUCUACAAGGGAGUGUUUUCCUUGGCCGUUCAGAACCUUGGCAUCCGUUCCCUCGGACUGCGUUCGCUCCACAGCAUCAGCGGCGGUUUGAUCCUGUUGCACAACAACUCCCAGCUAUGCUACACCGAUUCGUUGCCCUGGAGCGGCCUCCUCCAUCCCACCCAAGGGCCCCACUACAUCGUCAACCACAACCAAGAGCCCCGAGUCUGCGAGGCGCAGCGGCACGUUUGUCACCCGCUGUGCGAGGGCGGCUGUUGGGGGCCGGGGCCCGGCCAGUGCGUGUCCUGCAAGACUUUCCGGCGCGGCACCGAAUGCGUUGAGCGGUGUGACCUCCACCAGGGCCCCGUACGUGAAUACACCGAUGGAUUCUUGUGCGUGGCCUGUCACGCGGAGUGUCGCCCCCUCAAUGGCUCCGUCACCUGCCACGGCCGGGGUGCCGACCAGUGCGCCGAGUGCCAGAACUUCCAGGAUGGCGAGUCGUGCGUGGAGCACUGCCCCAGCGGAGUCAAGGAGGACCAGCAGACGGUGUGGAAGUACAGCAACGCCACCGGGCACUGUCUGCCGUGCAACACCAACUGCACCCUGUCCUGCACUCAAAUGGAUGAGAGAGGCUGUCCGAUCCAUCCCAAGACAGGACCGGGCACGACGAUCGCGGCCGCCGUGGGUGGCGUGGUGCUCUUCUUCAUCCUCUUCGCUCUGCUCGUCUUCUACCUGAGGAGACAAAAGAAGCUGAAAAAGAAGGAGACCUUGAGGAGGAUCCUGCAGGAACACGAGUUGGUGGAACCGUUGACGCCCAGCGGGGCCUCGCCCAACCAGGCUCAGAUGCGCAUCCUCAAGGAAACGGAGUUGAAAAAGCUGCGGGUGCUUGGCGCCGGAGCUUUUGGGACCGUUUACAAGGGCGUGUGGACUCCCGACGGAGAAAACGUGAAGAUACCGGUGGCCAUCAAGGUUUUACGGGAGAACACCUCGCCGAAAGCCAAUAAAGAGAUCCUCGACGAAGCCUACGUGAUGGCAGGGGUGGCCAGUCCUUACGUGUGUCGCCUGCUGGGGAUUUGUUUGACCUCCACGGUGCAGCUGGUCACUCAGCUCAUGCCGUACGGCUGCCUCCUCGACUACGUCCGGGAGAACAAGGAUUGCAUCGGCUCCCAGUUCCUCCUCAACUGGUGUGUCCAGAUCGCCAAGGGGAUGAACUACCUGGAGGAGGUGCGCCUCGUGCACAGAGAUUUGGCGGCCCGCAACGUCCUGGUGAAAAACCCCAACCACGUGAAGAUCACAGACUUCGGCUUGGCGCGCUUGCUCGACAUCGACGAGACCGAAUAUCACGCCGAUGGCGGGAAGGUUCCGAUUAAAUGGAUGGCACUCGAGUCCAUCCUCCACAGGAAGUUCACACAUCAAAGUGACGUUUGGAGCUAUGGAGUGACAGUGUGGGAGCUGAUGACGUUCGGCGCCAAACCCUACGACAUGAUCCCGGCCAGAGACAUCCCCGAUGUGCUGGAAGGCGGCGAGCGCCUCCCGCAGCCCCUCAUUUGCACCAUCGACGUCUACAUGAUCAUGGUCAAAUGUUGGAUGAUCGACCCGGACAGCCGCCCCAGAUUUAAAGAUCUGGUGAAUGAUUUUUCCACCAUGGCCAGGGACCCACCUCGCUAUGUCGUCAUUCAGAACGACGAGCAGAUGAGCAUGUCCAGCCCGGUGGACAGCCAGUUCUUCCGGAUGCUUCUGGAGGAGGACGGCAACAAUAUGAGGGAGCUGCUGGAUGCCGAGAAGUAUCUGGUGCCUCAACCCAACCUCUAUCCCAGGGCUCAGGGAGACGGGGCCGAGUCCAACGGGCCGUCCAGGCAUCAGUCAUACCGGAGCAGAGAGCAGGGCCUCGACGCGGAGCCCCCCGUGGCUGCGGCGGCCCCUCGCAGCUCGUACUCCUCCCUGAGCACCCUGGGGCGCAGUCAGUACCCCACCCUACCAGCGGGAGCCGGCGCCUCCAACGGUACGUGGACCCCCCACUACCCGACGCUGGCCCGCAGCCCCUCCGCCGGCGGCCGGUCCGACUCGGUCUUCCUGGACGCGGCCCCGGAUGACGCCGCGCUGCCCCCGGCCAGCCCCGGGCGCUACUGCAAGGACCCCACCUACGGGAGUCAGGGCGAGCUGGAGACGGACGGGCCCAACGGAUUCCUUCAUCCUCCUCCUCAUCUUCAUCACUCGCUGCCCAGGAGAAGUCACGUCUAUCAUCACAACCACGUCGUCUUGCCAGAGUACGUCAAUCAGGACGUCCACGAGCCCAGGCCGGAGCGACCCAACACCCUCCCUCGGAAAAUCUCCAAAGUGGACAGGCGCCUCCCAAACGGCUUGACGUCGGGCCACAGCGUGGAGAGCCCCAGGUACUUGGUCGCCUCCACCUCUCCCGCCUUUGACAACCCCUACUACCUGGACCUGGUGGCCAAAGCAAGAGCCGUCGCCGGGGCGACGACGGCGGCGGCGGACGGCCCCGCGGAACCGGAGCGGGACGUUCCCAGACAAAUCAACGGCUUUGUCACUCCCACGGCGGAGAAUCCGGAAUACCUUGGACUGGCGGACACCUGGAGCGGGUAUACAUGAACCUGGAGGAGGCUUUGCCAGGUGGCAGCUUGCGACGGAAGUCGGUGACAAUAUUUAUGGCGCUGGGGCGUGCACCGAGAUUGCGCAAGCCAGCGUCGAACCAAAUUAGAAGGUCAUGACGCAGCGUGACUCAUCGCAUUCAUCCGGUGUUCCCGGGGACGUUUAUGUUCCUCUUAGCUGUCCGACCUUUCUGGAAAACAAGUUUACUCAGCUGUGAAUAAUUCACCGUCCAGGAACAACUGAGGACUUUUUCAUCCAAUCUCACUGGACUGGACGAUUGAAUGAUUUUUUUUUUUUUUUCUCCAGGGUGUUUUUUUCCGGAUCAAAUCGAGCCAGACGUGGCAAGGUUGUGAUCAGACUUGGUCUCCUGCAAUUUCUCUUUCUGAUCGGCAAUACCGCAAUUGCGGAACGUGGCAAUUUUCAGUUUUUAAAGCCUGAAAUUACACGUCACCAAAUAUGAUAUGCAGGAAAAAUUAGGUUUUGUUUUGUUUUGUUUUUUUUUCUUCAUCGCGAAAACGGUUGACUUUCCACCCGCCACGCACUGAGGACGACGAUUAGUAUUCUGCUAACCGUAUUCAAAAAGCUGGCGGGGGGUUUUUUUUUUCCAUGCGCUCAAAGAGAUUUUGUGGCGCUCAGAGGGGUCCCUGUGCUGCCCAUCUGGCCGGGCUUGCCGCUCGCCCGAAAGAAAGAGGCGCUGUUUGUUGAAGACGGAGGCGUUGUGCCACACUGGCGUGUGUCUGCAGCUUCUUUGUCAUACUACCAAUGACUUAAAAAAAAAAAAAAGUGAACUCUUCAGGGAUUUUGCUACACUGCAAAAAUUUGCAUAUUCUCAAUGCACUGCUAAUUUGCCUCCCGUGCUUGUACUUUAAAGCAUCCCCCCCCCUCCCCCCACCCCCAACUUUUGCUGAGCCACGGCACAUAUUUUAAAUUCGAAUCUGACAGCACUCAAGUUCUUAUUUAGUGCGGGAUGAGGAACUCACUGGAUGCCGUUUUAGGGCCGCUGGUGACUAUAUUGCGAAGAAUUAACACACACGCUCAUGCGUUAAAUGUAGCUGCAGGCUGAAGUCGUUCUUUGGUGCCUGUUGACACCGAAGCUGCACGCAUUCCCGCCGCUCGCUCGGCGUUCUCGGGGCAGGGCUCAAAUUCCUCCCGGCGCACAAUGGCAUCCCAGUUAAUAAUCCACUGCCCUUCUGCCCUCGUGGCGAGAGGGAGGUCAAAGGCACUCAAUGGACACAUUGUCCCACCUCCGCGUCCAUCUUGAGGAGGCAACCGUGUCCUCAAGUUUGAUUUUUCACGCUCAUUUAGAUCCAAAUCCGCUCAAAUACAUUGCCGCGACAUCAUGUACACCAUCGAAGAAAAUCUCUGAAACUGGCUGCCCAAAAAUUUAGCUUAGUCAAAUGCGUACAUUCUGGUACGGCGUUUUAAAAUUGAGCCAUUUUCUACAAUCAGGUUGCCGUAUUAUAAUGCCCGGCAGACGUUGUUUUUAAUCCAUUGUAAACUUCUAACUUGAAACGUUUUAAAAGAUAAACCUCUGUGAAAUCAGCUUUUUUUUUUUUCUACAGUCGUUUUAAAAAAAUCAUGUGUGCGUAUGGACGCACACAGUGAACCGGUUCUGUAUAAUUCCUCUAACAAAAGGCAGCCUCUCACUUAAGCUCUUUUUAAAUGUAGUUUUGGCUUGAAAACACUUUGCAUUAUUAUACUAACGCUAUUUUCGAGUGUUUUCCUUUAUGUCUUGAAAAACGAUGGCCCAAAUUCAAAAAUCUAGCUAAUUUCAAACAAGGAAAAAUAUGUACAUAAUUCUUCAAAUAGAAUUAACUUCGUGUAGAGGUUGCCCCAAAUGUAAAUUCUGUAUGUGUUAUUGUGAUAUAUAUUUUUGUGAUCAGUCGACUGUGGAGAAAAUCUAUAAGCGCACACAAUACUUAGUGAAGAAAAGAAUCAGUUGUACAUGGAUUUGUUUGCAUAUUGUGUGUGUUUAAGGAAUAAAAAAAACAAUGUGGACUU